GUGCCUCUGCGUACUUUUCUUCGCCUGUGUCUUGAUGUAAUAUAGUUAGGAUUAGGUAUUAGGAGUUCGCCUUUGAAUUUUCCUGUUUAGCUUUGGGGUUCGGCGGAAAUAAUUGCAUCUCUCGACUGUUUUAGUCGCUGAAGAUCCGAUAGCUCUGCAGAUAGUGCAUCAAAUGAGUCGUCCACAGGAUCCACACAGGAGUUUUCUUCCGUUUGGAAAUCCCUUCCGCAUGAUAUUGCCGAAGGGAUCGCACCUGUCUCCGAAGCUGCUUGAUUUAUUGAAUACUUUUGAGGAGACUUUGGCAGGGAGGCUUAGAAAGCUUAAGCCCGCAGACAGUGAAGAUGUUCUACGCUUGUCAUGGAUGAGAAGUGCAAUGGAGUUACUGUGUGGAAUUCAUGCUGACAUAAAAAUUCUUAUUACUGCUCUGGAAUUCCCUGUCUGCGAUUGGGAUGACAAGUGGAUUGAUGUGUACUUGGACAAUAGUGUGAAGUUGCUGGAUAUCUGUAUUGCUUUCAGCUCUGAGAUUUCUCGGCUGAAACAAGGCCACCUCUUUCUUCAAUGUCUCUUGCAUAACUUGGGAAGUGCUUCAUCAAAGCAGUUUGUGCGGGCGCGUUCCUCACUUGAUGGAUGGAGGCAGCAUAUUGGUUCAAAGAAUCUUAGGCUCGAUAACUGCUUCUCUGUCAUGGAUGCUCUUGCUCAAACACUGGACCUCCCAAAAAUUAAGAACUCAGCAAAAGGGAAAGUUUUGAUGCGAGCUAUGUAUGGAGUUAAGGUGGUGACUCUUUUUGUGUGUAGCAUAUUUGGUGCUGCGUUCUCUGGUUCUGCAAAGAAGUUGAUGAACCUUCCGGUCCCUGAGACAAGCUUGUGGUCGGAGGCUUUUGCUGAUCUUCAAACUUUUGUAAAUACUGAAAUAAGAAACAUAUAUUCGAAUGGAGUGGUCACGGUCUUGAAGGAGCUAGAAGCUGUCGAUACAGGCGUCAAGAAGUUAUAUACCCUUGUGCAAGAUGGUGUAGACCCUGUUGAAUCUGGAGUGUUGCAGAAAUCCACAUCAGAUUUAGAAACAUCGUCUGAAAAAUUGUCUGAGGGACUGGAUCUGCUUGCAAAGGAGGUGGACAGUUUCUUCCAAGUUGUUCUAACGGGACGUGAUGCUUUGCUUUGUAACCUUAGGGUUGGUGGUAACAUAUCCGACCAAGUUCGGACAGAUUUAAAUGUAGAAGGGCAGGCUGUUAGGUGAACGGUAAAUAUAAACUGUCACCUAUGUGCACAAGAUCGAUUCAAUGGAGUAUUAUAUUUUCUGGUUGAGUAUAAACCAAGUGUUGAGAUAUCUGGUCUUAGUUUUAGUAGGUCUUGUGAGGUGUGGUCUGUCAAUUGUAAUGUCAAUGAUGAAUGUUUGAACUCGUAUUUACUGUAUAAUAUACAUAAUAUAGCUAGUAUUGUGUC